UGUCACAUGUUCAGGGGUCCCCCCCAAGCCAAGGAUCUCCAUAAAUAACAGUGAGGUCACCUGGGGUCAGAGUGCCAGCAUCUCUUGUUUAGUCCCAACUCAGGCAUCAGAUGGAACUUUCAUCCUCAAGAAGACGUCUGACUCAUUCAUGGAGACUAAAACCUCAAAUUCCAACUCUACUAUCUUCAGUAUCAACAAAGUGAACUUCAGUCAUGAAGGACAGUACUACUGCCAGUACGAGGAAAGCAUUCAGGGUUCAAAGUUCUCCUCCCCCUUUAGUAACUCUGUAGGACUCUUUGUUACUGUAAGCUUCCCCAAACCCCAUAUCUCCAUCAGUCCUGCUGGUGAGGUGACCUGGAGUCAGAACAUUGCAAUCACUUGUUCAAUCUCCACUCAGGUUUUGGGUGGAACGUUCAUUCUGAUGACAACAUCAGAUUCAUUCAACAGGACCCAAAAUUCAGCUACACACUCUGCUACCUUCAGUAUUUCUUCUGUGGACUUUGAUGAUGAGGGAUCGUACCAGUGUCAGUAUCAGAAAAAGGGCUCAAGGCGGGACUUUAAUUCCCCGCUAAGUGACAGUGUCACACUCAGUGUCACAGUGAGACUGCAGAGGCCCAGCAUCUCCUUGACGUCUCCUAAUGCAGGACUUGUCUGGGGUCCUGAAGGUGCCGAAAUCACCAGGGGUUACAGCUUUGUCCUCACCUGUUCCAUUAACUCCACAUUUUCCAGUGGACAUUUUAUUCUGAGCUUCUCUGGCUCCAACCUCACAGAGCCAGCAGUCAGCAACUCGGCCUCCUUUAGUUUCCCUGUAGCUGAGUAUGAACGGCAGGGCAACUACAGCUGUGUGUAUGAGGUCACAGUGUCCACACGGACAUUCAGAUCUGCUGUAUUGGCACCGAUUAGUGUCAUCAUUAAAUUCAAUUUGAUGCCGCUGCUGUCCUCAGUAUCUGUUGGACUCCUGUUGCUGCUGUUGCUGUUGCUGUUAGUGGUAGGGCUGACGUGCAGGAGAAGACAACAACGAGCCAAGAAGCCUGUAGCUCUCAUCCACAGUCAAAUGGCUGUCCGAGUCGGGAAUGCUUACAAGUAUGGAGAUGAAGAUGAUGAUGAGGAUGUUGAGGACUCUGUGAAUGUUGAUCUAUUGGACACUAAUGAAAAAAUCAAAGGAGGAGCUCCUGGGCUGGAUGAAGAUGAUGAUGAUUAUGAGGACCUAGUGAGUGAUGAUGAUCACGAUUAUGAGGAAGCAGGCCCAAAUGACAAAAAGUCCAAGGAGGCCUGUGUGAGUGUAGACUGUCACAGACAAGAUGAGGAAGAAACUAGUGAUGAAGAGGAAACUAGUGAUGAAGAAAACAACUAUGAGAAUGUAUCCCCACCUUCAGCAAGUGUGGAUAAUAAGGAAGAAGAGGAAACUAGUGAUGAAGAGGAAACUAGUGAUGAAGAAAACAACUAUGAGAAUGUAUCCCCGCCUUCAGCAAGUGUGUGUAAUAAGGAAGAAGAGGAAACUAGUGAUGAAGAAAACAACUAUAAGAAUGUGUCCCCGCCUUCAGCAAGUGUGGACAAUAAGGAAGAAGAGGAAACUAGUGAUGAAGAGGAAACUAGUGAUGAAGAAAACAACUAUGAGAAUGUAUCCCCGCCUUCAGCAAGUGUGGAUAAUAAGGAAGAAGAGGAAACUAGUGAUGAAGAAAACAACUAUAGAAUGUGUCCCGCCUUCAGCAAGUGUGGAUAA